UGGGGCCUCUGGACGUGCGAGUGCCCAGUUCCGGCUCGGCCUCCGCGGCGGGGGCCGCGGCGUCCGCGGUCGGCAAGAAGGACAGCGACCACAUCAAGCGGCCCAUGAACGCCUUCAUGGUGUGGUCCAGGCUGCAGCGGCGGAAGAUCUCACAAGAGAACCCCAAGAUGCACAACUCCGAAAUCUCAAAAAGAUUAGGUGCCGAGUGGAAGCUUCUGUCCGUGACGGACAAGAGGCCCUUCAUCGACGAGGCCAAGCGGCUGCGCGACGUGCACCUCAAGAAGUACCCCGACUACAAGUACCGGCCGCGACGGAAGCAGAAGACCGUCAAGAGCCAGGGCUACCCGUACUCCAUCCCGUACCCCUCGGUCCAGAUGGACGCCCUCCGAGCAGGCAUGGGCGGCAUGGGGCAGAUGGGCCAGUACUACGGCCCUGCCUACGGCUCCCUGUCCGCCUCCAUGGCCGCGGCGGCGGCCGCCGCAGCUGCGCAGCACGGCGGCAUGUCGGGGCUCACCGCACCUGCACAGGUGGUCAGCAUCGACGCCAUGGCCAAGUACACGCUGGAGGCUGAGAAGUACCGGACGCAGUACCUGCCGCCGUCCUCGCUGGCCAUGUACUCGACGGCCGACUCCACCAAGUACGGCGUGGACUCCGGCCCUGGCGGCGGCCUGCCGGGCCAGCGGCCAUCACCUUCCUACCUCGACUCGACGUCCGCCUUCACCAAGGCCUACCUGGAGUCCUCCAAGAUGUACAUGGAAGCCAGCAAGGCCUACGCCAGCGACCACGGCGGCCUGCUGCGACCGGCGCCCGGCCACGGCAUGGGCCACGCCUCUCACUACCCGCUCGACAUCCAGAGGGUGAGUACGCCGAGGCAGCCCAACCAACGCAUCCACUGUUACGGGCUUACACCACAACUGAGACUCCGCCACAAAGGCUGGGCGAAAAUUUUCAUGAUCCAGUAUCCGAAAGGUUGCCAGCUUGCGCCUGCAUACUCCCGGUGCACUUUCUUAGAUAGCAAAGCUUAGAUGUUGCCUAGUUGGAGGCCUCAGGUUGGCUGCCCCUUCAAAACUUUUAAAAACGUUCUGCCCUGGCUGUUGCAAUGGACCACGAGUUCAUCUCCCUCCACUGUCUCGUUUCGUGUUCCAGUCGUACCCCGACAGCGUGGUGGGGGGCAUGUCGGCGGGCGGGUCCAC